AUGAGCACAGACGUGGUGUCCAGUGCAGAUGAGCGUCGAGCAGGUCUGCUUGAUGCUCUUGGGCGUAUUAGACACCUAAAAGAUUCCAAGUUAGAAAAUCAACGUGCCUCAGCUCAAUUGCUAGUGGCUAUCGAGGCGACGCUUUUGGAACGAGCAGCCACUGAUAGCCAGCAUGCUGAGCCUGGGCCGACGCAGUACCUUUUGGCCUUAGAGAGCCUGCUGAAUUCGGAAAGUACGAAUGCAGACAUACUGGGGUCGUCCAUUUAUCUGCUCUCGAUCGUGCUACCGUACGUGACUCCUGGAGUUGUUCGUGCGAAAAGCCAUGCCUUGCUCAUUGCUGUGGCUGUGCCUCUCGCUGAGCCGCAUGGCGCAAGCGAGAACAUGAACGCACGACUCCGUGCAUCUCUCAGUGUUGUGGACACAUUGCUUUCGAUUGUGCCUGUACAAGAGCGCGCGACGCUUGAGCGCGAACGCACAUGGCUUACGGUCUGGGACCUUGUGCUCAAUCUGUGCAUGGACGCUCGACCCAAGGUUCGUCGGCGUGCUCAUGAAGUGGUUACACACAUACUUGGUCUUCCUUCAUGGGAGCACGCGCAUCCUUAUGCUGAGCGUACUAUGGCGUGGGCUGCGCGUACGUUGCAUAGUGUCGCGGCGGCUCGUGGCGUCUCUUCGACCAAAGCGAGUCACAAGGUCGAGUUUGACAAGCAUCAGGGAAAGGCAAAGCAUGCACGGAGUGCGGCUGCAGAGCGCCAGAAGCAGGCAGCUGACGGCGCGGCCAGUACGGGCAUUUGGGUGUGUGCGCUGCUUCAAACGAUCUUGCCGCUUGUCCCAAUGGCCAGCACGACGCCGCUUGUGCAUGAGCUUCUGACACUUCCAGCACUUCAGAACCCUUUCCUUACUGUUUCUGUGUACGAUGUCUUUGCAGUGUUGUUCCGCACGCCAAGGACCGAGGCUAGUCUGGACGUCUCUGCCCCUGUCCAACGCGACGUCACUCUGUUGCGCCAUACGCUCGAUGCAUUGCAGACAAAUGUGCCAGCGCAUACUGAUGUGCACAUACUCCCUGCGUACUUGAAUGUACUUGAGUCCUGUAUGGUGGCUUAUUCUGCUGCUGAUAUCGAGACGGCAUGGUCGCUCACGCCAGCCAUGUGGAAGAGCACCAUGCAGCUGGCACUGUCUGCGAGCUCUGAUGCAUCACGUUCGUCAGCAGACGUUCGCAUGGCGGGUCGGAAACUGCUCCAGGCUCUCGCGCGCUACUGUAUACCGGACCAUGCCGUGGCCCAGGCGCUUACCUCGGAAGACGCACUCUUUGCCCACAUGAUCAGAUCAUUGCGUGAUGCCUUUGGUAAGCAUGCUCUGCGUUACACCCACACUCGCAGCGAUAUCCUGCACAUUCUGGCCAGUAUGCUCCGUCGUCUGCGGUAUCCUCUUGAGAAUGGAGGUGUGCCACCCGCAGAACCUCUGCUCAUGUCGGCCGUAGAGGAUGUGGCCGCCCUGCGCGUGCAGCGCAAUUUUGAUGCGCGCCCUGACGCGGAUGCCGUGCUGGGCGCUGCAAUUUCUGCUUGUGGACCGCGCGCCUUUUUGGAGCACCUGCCGCUUGACCUGCUCGACCAGCACGGACGACCCAACACCCAGGGGGGCGCUGGUGGAGCACGUGGCAGGGCUUGGCUGUUACCUCUGCUGCGGGAGCAUAUUUCGAACACGGAACUUGCGCAUUUUGUCGAGGAGCUAGUGCCACUAAGUGAGGCACUGUUUGAGGUGCGUGUGCGCGCGGAACAGCCGACGGAUGGCAGCGCACCGCGCCCUGUUGAAGUCAAGGUCAUGGAGGCACUUAUUGAGCAGAUUUGGGUGUGCUUCCCGGGCUACUGUGACUUGUGUCGCGACAUUGAUACGGCCCUGACGCCAUCCGUGCUCGAGCUGCUGGUCAAUGUGCUUCGGACUCAAUCGGCCUUGCGACCUGCAAUUCUAAAGGGUCUGCAGUUGUUGGUACAGCGCACGGAGUCUGUCAUCGCGUCGCAAGUGCCCUCGGUGCAACUUCUGCGUCAGUUUGGUGUGGAUCAGAACGAUGGUCGACGCUUUCUGGAGCAUCUGCGUUCCAUGUCGGGUGUGCUGCUCGCGUCUCUUUUCCAGCUGCUGACCGAGCUGCCUGCGCAGUCUCGUGGCUACGUGAUGGAAUGCGUGGCAACAUAUCUUGCGAUCCUCGACGCGCCCAGCAUUUCCAAGACAUUCGCCAAGGUCGCACAUAUGCUGCAGCAGGCGCUCGCGACGUACCAUCCAAGCGCACAUGCGCCUACGCCUGGCAAACCUGAGCCUAACAGCCCACGGUAUGUACCACCGGUACCACACACGAUGCUCGACUUGUUUAUUGUAUUGGUGCCGUACGUUCAUGGUGCGGAUGCCGCGUCGCUCUUUGAUGCGUGUAUGCAUGUGCUUCAGGUCGAUGACAGCGGUCUCCAAAAGAAAGCGUACCGCGCCUUAUCACGACUGUUGGAUGGAAAGGACGCUGCGGCUUUGCGUGCGCAUGUGGGUUGUGCGGCUCUUGUGUCGCGGUACUUGGAGCUCGAUGUGCCGCCGGGUGCUGUGCGUGAUCGCUUGGCCCUGUUCCGGACACUCGUGCCUCACAUGCCCGACGACGACCUCGGCACACUCGCUGCGCUCGUACCUGAGGCUGUGCUGGGCACCAAAGAAGCCAACCAAGGCGCACGCGAGGAGGCUUAUGCGCUCCUGGUCGACAUGGGCCACCGCAUGGCCCGCGGUGGCCGCAUCAAUCGGGCUCAGGCAGGCACCGACGUUCAAGACAUCGUGGCUGCGUCGGUGCCUGAAUACGUGAUGAUGGUUGCAGCGGGCUUGGCUGGAGCGAGUCCACGUAUGAUCGGCGCUUCUAUCACGGCACUAGCGCGUCUCUUGUACGAGUUUCAUCUGGCGCUACCCGACGAUAUGCUGGCGGAGCUGCUGACGACGAUGCUCGUAUACUUAGAAAGCACAAACCGCGAGAUUGUCAAGGCUUCUCUGGGUUUCUGCAAGGUUGCGACGUUGUCUUUAUCGCCGCAGCAAAUCGAGCAGGUGCUGCCUUCGUUAGUGCCAGCCCUCCUUCAGAUCCGACACGUUCACAAAAACCAUUUCAAGGCACAGGUGCGCCAUUUGAUGGAGCGCCUGCUGCGCAGGUUCGGCGAAAAGGCUGUCUCGGCGCACGUCGAUCCCGAGAACCAACGUCUGAUUGCUAAUAUCCGCAAGCGCAAGGAGCGCGCUAAGCGCCGUCGCGCACAUGCGGAUGGAGGCGAAGAUGAGAUUGAACCCAUCGCCCGGUCAGGUGGUAUGGAUGCCUUCGAGGAUGCCUUGUAUGGUAGUGACUCGGACGAUUCCGACGAAGAGGAGGAGGAAGACGCAGCUGUGCCACGUCGUUCUCGCCACCGUGAAGACGACACGUACUUAUUGGAAGAUGAUGAUGCACCUAUGGAUCUGCUUGAUGAGGCUGCAGUGGGAGCCAUCAGAACCAACGUGCGUCACAAGGCGCGUCGCCAGCCUGGUCAAGAGGCCAAGUCAUUUGAAACAGACGAGUCUGGUCGCAUGCGCAUUUCUGAACAUGACCACGAUGCUGACCAAGACACUGAGCCCAGCAGCGCAGCAUCGCAGGCGGGCCGUGCAUACAUGGAACGGGAAAUGGGUGUGGAUGGUCUGACAUUCCGAGGCCGCGGUGGCUCUGUCAAGUUCAACAAAAACAACAAGCGCACUCGUGCGAAUGAGCGCAUGGACGAUGAAGACGAGGAAGAGUCGAAUGGCAGCAAUGCACUGCCUCGCCAGAAGAAGAAGCGAGGAAAACAAGCCAUUGGCUCCGAGUUCAAGGCACGCCGCGCCGAAGGCGAUGUCCAGAAAGGUGGAAUGAGUCCCUACGCCUACGUUCCCCUGUCGGCUGUGGCUGGCAAGCGCAACGCGAAGAAAGCGUCGUCGCUCGCCAUCACGGGCAAGCGACGCAAAGCGACAUAG